GCUACCGUAUCAGCCAUCAGCUCAGCUAGGAUUGCCAAGAAGCUGCGCAGAAGAUAUUUGGCAGUUGGGGAAGUUCUGACACGAGCAGGAUAUUCAUGUAGCAGUAUUUACCUGCUGGAAGAAGGGCAUGUUCAGCUAUGGGGUGAGGAGGAGGAGGAGUCUGCUGGACUUGAUGGGCCUGGUGGCAUUGUCGGUGAUCCUCGUGUUUUGCUGGAUCCACAGGACAAGCUAUGGCAACAUAAUUGCAUCGCAAGGUCCUUUUGUCAUAUCCUUGAACUGCUGUGUUCGGACGUCGCUGAGACGGCCCUGAAAAUCCAGAGCAAUGCCAGCAAGCGAAGAGUUUCCGAGAUCCUAGCUGUGGAAAUGCAACGGGACUUCAGCAAAGAGGUGGCGAUCUUCAAGGCCGCAAACUCCCUUGCCACCGAGGCACCCGAUUCCUACACUACAUCGGGGUUGAAGCGGGUUGCCAAGAGGGCGCUUCGACUGGUGCAGUUCGUCAAGGCUACUCCAGCAGCUAGCAGCCCUCAAGCUGCCAAUGCUCAUGGCGGGGCUGGGCAGCUGCCUACAAUGAACGCAUUGAGGCAGAUGAGGGAGUCGGCGAAGAAAAAACAGAAGGCCAAAGAUGGCUCUGGCACAGAGGAAGGAAAACCGGAAGACGACAAUAAGUCCAGAGAAGCUGUGGUUUUCAACAGCGAAGCGCAGAAGCAGGAGAUUGCUGCAAGUUUGCAGUCCUUGGACUUCUUCUCCACCCUGGACACCUUCAGUUUUGAACGUUUGGCCUCGUUGUUCAGAAAGAAAUUUUGGCGGCGAAAUGAGCAGCUCUUGGUGGAAGGAACGCCGGCCAAGGAGCUACAUGUCGUAGCACAGGGUGAUGUCAGCAUCAUCUUGGGUGGCAAGGUCUUGAACAAGGUGGGUCCCAAGUCGAUCCUGGGCGAGCGCUCGGUGUUGAACAGCGGCAGCGGCGAAGCGGCACCCUGCGGCGCGACCGUCACGGCGGCCUCCGCGGUGGUGGUGACGAUCUCGGCGAGUCGGAUCCAACUGCUGGACCUCUUCACCAAGGAUCCAGCAUUGCUAGAUCACUUCCAGUCACGUUUCGACAUCGAGCGAGACAGAAGAGGUGUCACAAGCUUCAGGAAUGUGAAACUGUUCCGUGAAGCUGAUCCCAGCUUCACCCAAGCCUUGGAAGUCGAGGUGAAAGAGAGGAUUUUUUCUCCGACCGAAUAUCUUCUGACACAGGGGCAAGAAUGCAGACAAGCAGUCUUGCUUUGCAAGGGCACGGUGAAUAUUGUGGCCAAUGGCGUGCAGGUGGGGUUAAUCGAAGUGAAAGAGAUGCCAGAUGCCUUGCUCUUUGGAGAGUUCACCUUGUUGGGCCUUUGGCCCUUCCCCAGAGCCUCCAUCGUUGCGAAGACCAACUGCCUGGUCCAGAUCAUCGAUGCCUCCGCGCUGUCCAGGUGUUUGGACAAGUACCCAGAGGAGUCCUUCAUCUUUCGGGAGCUCAUUGAAGCACGCUUGAACAAAAUCUAUGAACAAGAAGAGGUCGCUCGGCAGAUUGCAGAAAAGGAAGCCGCUGAAGCUGCUGGGGCACAUGAAGCACCGGUGCUGCGAUCACCCUCGCGGUAUAAGAAGCGAACCAUCCCCCGCGGCAUUGCUGAGGUCAAGGGCUUCAACUUCUCCUCAAAGUGCAUCAAAGAACUUGAAUCCUAUUUGCACAAAAGGCUCUUCAUCCCACAGCAGAUCAUUACUCACCAAGGCACUGACCUUCAGGACGUUUACAUCCUGCAGCAAGGCAGCUGUGAAGCACUAAUCUUUGGAGUGGUCUUUGAAACCUUCACUGGUUCUUGCGUCAUCGGUGGGUUACCAUCAGUUUUGACCAAGAAGGUCUUCACCACUGUCGUAGCGAAGUCCACUUGCUUCGUUGUGAAAAUCUCACAGCGCCACUUUACUGCUGUGUUCGAGAAACACCAAGACGAUCGGAAGAAGCUCUUUGCAGCUGCUCAACGCGCCUUCAGCAAGAUGUGUGACGAGUUUCAACAAAACACUUGGAUAGCAAAGUCCCUGCAGAAACAGCUGGCGGUCAUGCCCUGUUUGCACGGUUCAACUGAUGGUUUCUUUGUUUCCUUGGCAAAAGCAGUUGAGCCCAGACUUCUCAUUGCUGGGCAAGAGAUUUUCCUCUCAAGCAACAAGGAAGAGGGUGCAGAUCUUUAUUUCGUCUUCGAAGGGCAUUUCCAUUGCUUGCAGAAGGGUGCGGUGGUGGGGACCAUUUCUCCUGGCAUGUUGUUUGGAAUCCUGGAAGUCUUUGGCAUUAGCGACCUCUCCGAAGACAUGAGGAUCAGGUCAGAUGAGAUUUGCAAAGUGGGCGUCCUGACCAGGGCCAAGCUCUGCGCCCUGCUCCACGAUUUCCCAGAAGAGCGGGGGAAGUUCGAAGAACUGGUCCACAAUUUGAUGGAAGAUAGUGUGAAUCAUCACCUUGUGGGUUUGCCAUUCUUCUCGGGCUUGAACAACCAGCAAAUCCUCACCAUUUGCCAUCUUUUGGAUCGGCGAUUUCUACUUCCGGAUGUGACUGUUGUGAGGGAAGGUGAUGGUGGAGAUUUCAUGGUGGUCCUGAACUGUGGCAAGGCGGAGAUCAUCUUCAAGAGCAUGGCAAUAGGCACCCUCUCACCCGGAAAAGCAUUCGGUGCUGCUCAGAUGAUGAACAUCCACUCACGAUACCACGCCACCUUAAAGACGAAGAGCACCUGCCACAUACUGUUGAUCUACUGGCACAUGAUGAGCGGCUUAAUCAUUUCAGCUGCUGACUUGGCGUGGGUAGAAGCGAUGAAACAGCAAGCCAAAAAGAUUCAUGAAAAGGAAGUCAACAACUUUUCUGCGAAGUUGCAGCGGCUGAGCAAGACCAAUCGAUCCACGCAAAUCUUGGUGGAGAACAUGGACUUUGCCUCCAGCCCUUGGACCUUGAAAGAGAUCUUCCAGGAAUGGCACGUCAUGGCUUGUGAGGGUCGAGUCUAUCGCAGCUCUAUGAUGUCCCGCCACCUGGGGAGCCGUCCGAAGACCAAGACCCAACAUUUGGGCAUCGUUGGGAAGGAUGAUAGCUUCAAGGUGACAAAUGGAACUUGGACAGCAGCUGUGCCAAAGAUGGUGUUGAAACCUUUGCGCUUCCGCCGUGACAUGAACUGGAUCGACCUGAAGGGUGGUCGCCAAAGUCGCAGUGGCUCGAAAGCGCAGCAUCGACUCGGGAAUCCACGGCGCUGCCGUUUGGACAUAUGGAAAGGACUGGAAGAGCCUGAGUGGCUCCAGGACGUGCGCGGCGAUGUUCGAGAAGUGGCGAAGCUGACCAUUGGCGAGAGUGAAAAGAGUGAAACACUCUGA